GUUGGAAAGCAAAAUUGCGAGUGUCAAUAUGAUCCUCAGCAAUAAAUAUAUAUUCAUAUUUGUGGGAUUGUUUGCUGCCCACCUGAUAUUUGCUGAAGAAUCCUCUGAACCGCCAAACAGCCAAAAUGGAUCCGGCAACAACUCUUCACAAAGAUUCUUUUUCUUACGUUUCGUCAGGUGUAACUCUACCACACAGCCCGGCCGUAGUUGUUUAGGUUGCAGAACAACUUUAGUCUGUGCGCAGAACAACAUAGGUAUAGCUCGACUUUGCAAAGGUUUCCUGCCUUACUGCAACCAAGGAUUCUGUUCGAGUGUCCCGGGCGCAGCUUGCAGUGGUUAAUAACGUUCCUUUAAAUAUUUUAUUGUGUCUAUUCAAACUGACAUUCGUAUGUUCUAUGUUAAUUCAUAACGAUUGUCAAAUGUUAGUGUCUUUGUAAAUUUAUGAAGAAAUAAAGUAUUUGAAGACAAAACUACUGUGUUCUCAAAUAAUGCUCGGAAACAAAAAUUAUAUACAAAUAAACACAA